AUGGGAAACACCUCCUCAAGCAAAGUUCCACCCCCUCCAAACGAACCCCCGCCAUCCGCAUGCCCAGUCGACCCUUCCGCCCGCGCUGCAUGGCUCGAAGCCGCAGCCAAAGAAACCCACCCUCAACCACCCCCCUCGCCCUCCCCCUCAACCUCCAAAUCCACGUCCCCGUCCCCCGUCCCUCCACGCAAACUCACCACGCCACGCCCCCUAGCCUCCGACCGCGUCACAAGCUCCAUCCCGCGCGCCGAGCUCUCCCCAAACAUCACAACCCCGACGCCCACAUCGGCCCCAUCACCGCAUAGUCCGAACGCGGCGGCGGCGGCGUCGUCGUCGAAUUGGAUCUACCCCUCGGAGAAAAUGUUCUUCGAAGCCAUGCGGCGCAAGAACCACAGCCCCGACGCCGCGGACAUGGCGACGGUCGUGCCGAUCCACAACGCCGUCAACGAGCGCGCGUGGGCGGAGAUCGAGGACUGGGAACGGCGGUUCGCGGGUGCGCGGGAUCGGCGGUGCGGUGGGCCGAAGUUGCGGAGCUUUAGUGGGGAUAGUAGGAAGUUGGGAGGGGUGGAGGAUGAGGUUGGGGAGGCUGGUGGGGAUGUAAAAGAGUGA